UUUUAAAAGAGAAAAAAGGGGCCUUAAGUAAGAAGAAGCAAGCAGGAAUAAUUGCCAUCUCUGUUAUAUUGGGCAUGGGAAUGUUAGCGUUAGGAAUGAUGUUUUUCAUGCGGAAGAGAAAUCUUAGGAACAACGACAACUGUGUGGAAAGGAAAGAUGAUAUGGAGUUACCAAUAUUCGAUUUGAGCACAAUAGCACAUGCCACUGGUAACUUCUCCAGCAGUAACAAGCUAGGAGCAGGUGGUUUUGGACCUGUAUUUAAG